UUGCUAAAACGAAGGGCUAACCUCUUCCUCUAGCAAAGGAGGUUCAGAUUUUCUGGGUUCACUAUGAAGAACCCCAGAGGAGCGUGUGUGCCAUAGUUAGUCGUGAGGGCCGACAAGGGUUUGAUGGGUGGGCUGGCAUCGAGGCAGUGGGAGGUUCCGAGAUGCCCUGUGGGAGGGGGUGUUGCAUUGGUCGCGGAGGGAAAAGUGCUCGCCGCUGACUGCGAUGGUGCCUCCCUCCCGGGUGGACGGGAAGGCUGCCAGCGACGGAGCGGCCAACCUCCCGCGCUCACCGCCAGCCACACGUAGACACUCAUGUACGUACUGAUCGACCUCCAGGGCCACCGCCAUGUCGAGCCGGGGUGGGAAGAAGAAAUCCACCAAAACAUCCCGGUCUGCCAAGGCAGGGGUCAUCUUCCCCGUGGGGCGGAUGCUGCGGUACAUCAAGAAAGGCCACCCAAAGUACAGGAUCGGCGUGGGGGCGCCGGUGUACAUGGCCGCCGUCCUGGAGUACCUGACAGCGGAGAUUUUGGAAUUGGCUGGCAACGCAGCAAGAGACAACAAGAAGGGACGGGUCACACCUCGGCACAUCCUGCUGGCUGUGGCCAACGAUGAAGAGUUAAAUCAGCUGCUCAAAGGAGUCACCAUAGCCAGUGGGGGAGUGUUGCCAAACAUCCAUCCUGAGUUGCUAGCAAAGAAACGAGGAUCCAAAGGGAAGUUGGAAGCCAUCAUCACACCACCCCCAGCCAAAAAGGCCAAAUCUCCGUCCCAGAAGAAGCCCGUGUCUAAGAAAGCAGGAGGCAAAAAGGGGGCCAGGAAAUCCAAGAAGAAGCAGGGAGAAGUCAGCAAGGCGGCCAGCGCCGACAGCACGACCGAGGGCACGCCUGCCGACGGCUUCACGGUCCUCUCCACCAAGAGCCUCUUCCUCGGCCAGAAGCUGAACCUUAUUCACAGUGAAAUCAGUAAUUUAGCCGGCUUUGAGGUGGAGGCCAUAAUCAAUCCUACCAAUGCUGACAUUGACCUUAAAGAUGACCUAGGGAACACGCUGGAGAAGAAAGGUGGCAAGGAGUUUGUGGAAGCUGUUCUGGAACUCCGGAAAAAGAACGGGCCCUUGGAAGUAGCUGGAGCUGCUGUCAGUGCAGGCCACGGCCUGCCCGCCAAGUUUGUGAUCCACUGUAACAGUCCAGUGUGGGGUGUGGACAAGUGUGAGGAACUUCUGGAAAAGACGGUGAAGAACUGCCUGGCCUUGGCAGAUGAUAAGAAGCUGAAGUCCAUCGCGUUUCCAUCCAUCGGCAGUGGCAGGAACGGUUUCCCGAAGCAGACGGCGGCCCAGCUGAUCCUGAAGGCCAUCUCCAGUUACUUCGUGUCAACCAUGUCCUCUUCCAUCAAAACGGUGUAUUUUGUGCUUUUUGACAGCGAGAGUAUAGGCAUCUACGUGCAGGAGAUGGCCAAGCUGGACGCCAACUAGGCCGAGGAACUAAGUACCAGCCUGUGCUGCGUCUCCCACCUCCACUUUGGUGGGGGGAGAAAAAACACCCCUUCACGCCUCUCGGGAGGUGGGGCCCUUUCACUUUCAGUUUCGCUCAUCUAGGGAAAAUACGGUUCUGGUUUCCAGUUUAAUUGUUUUUGACCUUCUAAAAUGUUUUUUAUGUUAGCACUGAUAGUUGGCAUUACUGUUGUCAAGCACUGUGUUCCAGACCGUGUCUGACUGUAGUGUAACCUAGGAGACUUUAUAGUUUUGUUUUAUUGAAACCCGCGUGCCGCAGAGCCCGGGAGGGCAGUGUCUCCGUGUGGCCGAAUCCAGGAAGCCCCGUGCUGUAACUGUGUGUCGUGGUGCUUUAUUGUACACCCAGUGGCGUUCUUUUAACUAUAAUGUUCCUUUUUUUUCCCCCCCUCAAGAAGAAUCAUGAAUUUGCAGACUUAAUUUUGUUUACUUUUUGUCUUAAUGAUGGAUUUGAAAAUGAAAGAUUUAAAAGACAGAACAGAAUCUGUUGUCCUUAAUUAUAUUUGCAAUUUGGAAUUUGUGUGAACUGAUUUAGUAAAAUGUUAAACUGUU